AUGGAGUCAUCCACGCUAGCUGCAAUCCUAGUCCUAUCCCUUAUAUUUGGUGUUCCCCUGACCAUUUAUGUCUCUUUCCUUCUCCUCUGCCUGAUCCCAUGCGUCCAGCGGAAUAUAAUCUACGCCCACAAAAUCCACACUCUCUGGUGGAAGGAUAUCAAUAAGCCCGAGCAAUGGGGGUUUGCCACAACCCCCUUUUCCAUCACCACCUCCGACGGUGAAACCCUGUACGCCUGGCACAUUCUGCCUCUCCCACUCUAUGUCAAACAUGAAGCCUCUCUCUCAGCCCAACCAACCGGCUUCUGUGAGGAUAUCAUUAAGACAGAGAACUUCCGCCUGCUGCGGGAUGACCCGAAUGCUAAGCUCGUCAUCUCCUGCCACCGCCCUUCACACUACCACGCCCUAACCGACUCAACACCCUACCACCUCCUCACAAUCGACUACCGUGGCUUCGGCCUCAGUACCGGCACACCCACGGAGCGCGGCCUGAUCCUCGACGCGGUAGCUUCAGUCCGCUGGGCGGUUGAGAUAGCUGGUGUGCACCCCUCGCGCAUCGUCCUCAUGGGCCAGUCGCUUGGGACGGCGGUGACCUGUGGGGUUAUCGAGGCGCUUCUUUGCGGUCAGGAGGGUGAUGAUGAGGGGUUCCACGUCAAGGAGGAUUUCGCGGGAAUUGUCCUCGUCGCGGGCUUCAGCAGCCUGCCCCGUAUGCUGGGCGGGUAUGCCAUUGCGGGCUGGGUACCUGUCCUAAGGCCGCUGAAGGUCUGGCCUCGGUUAUAUGAGAGCAUUGUUGGCAGGCUGGUGGAUAAAUGGGACAGUGCGGUGCGGUUGAGGAGGGUGGUGAGUGAGGUGAGGAAGAGGAAGGGGAGGUUGAGAUUGAGCUUGGUCCAUGCUAAGGAUGAUUGGGAUAUCCCGUGUAAGGAGGACGAUACGUUGUUUGAGCAGGCGAUCAAAGGGCUAGUUGAGGAGGCUGAGGCGGGGGAAAGGGUGUUGAGUUCGGAGGAGCUAGGGAGGGAGAAGACCAAGAGGAUGGUUAUCAAGGGGAAGGACGCGUUUUUGGUGACCUGGAGGGAAGGAGAUGUGGUUGUUAGGCAGGAGCUGUUCCCUUAUGGGGGGCACAACAACAUCCUAUGCUACGCGCCUGUAUUACUUGCGGUUAUGAGGGCAUUUGGGGCAGAGGAUGAGAGUGAAUGCUCAGAGUAA